AUGCGGUCGUCGAACGGUGAUGGAGACGGCGAGAAGGAGACGGUGGAUGUGACGGUGAGCGCGGCGGGAGGCGCGUCGACGACGAGAGCGGUGGUGGAGGAGGCGGACGAGUUGAACGUGACGAACGCGCUCGUCGCCGUCGGGGUCGGGGCGUUUUUGCGGUUCGGGAUCGGUUGUCCAGCGGCGCUGGAUCCACCGGCGUGGGACUUGUUGAGUAUAUUUGUGAGUACGGUGACGGGUUUAGUGCUGAAACCGAUGCCGAUCGGGGCGUGGGCGUUCGGGGCGUUGACGGUGGCGCUGGCGACGAAGACGCUUACGUUUACGCAGGGUAUGAGCGCGAUAACGAACGAGGUCGUGUGGCUCAUCGUCGUCACGGGGUUUUUUGCCAGGGCGUUCAUAAAAACUGGCUUUGGUGAUAGAUUGGCGUUGCUUUUCGUGUCCAUCGCGGGUGGGACGACGCUUUCACUCGCGUACGGUUUUCAAAUCGCCGAGGCGUUGCUUUCGCCGGCGAUGCCGUCCACCACCGCGCGAGCGGCUGGUGUCUUCGUACCGGUCAUCAAGUCGCUCGAUAAGCGCACGCGAGAGUAUCUCAUCGGACAACAAAUCCAAGGCACGAGCGCGACGUCGACAUUUUUGUUAUCUGGUGCCGCUCAAAACUUUUUGGCGAUGCAAAUCGCACUGCAGAGCGGAAUUCCAUUCUCGAACCCGUUCAAUACUUGGUUCGUCGCGGCGAGCGUGCCCGCGCUCGUGUCACUUCUCGCUACUCCGUUCGUAGUGUUUAUGCUCGAUCCACCGGAGCUGAACGAGACCCCGGAGGCGCCCAUGGCGGCAGCAGAACGUCUCAAACAACUCGGCCCUUUGAGUAGCAUCGAGAAGAAGAUGGUCGGGUCGCUCAGUUUGACUGUGUUUUUGUGGGUGUUCGGCGUCCAGCUCGGUAUCAGCGCCGUAGUUGCGGCCAUGAUUGGCAUGUGCUUCAUGCUCAUGUUCGGCGUGCUGUCUUGGGACGAAGCGCUCGGGCAAAAAGGCUCAUGGGAUACGCUGAUUUGGUUCGCCGUUUUGGUCGGUUUCAGCGGCCAGCUCAACGCGAUGGGCGUCGUCUCCUGGUUGAGUGGAUUCGUGUCUACGUACCUCUUGAGCCUGAACUUGGGCGUGUGGGGUAUGUUCACAGCGCUCCAUGUGUUUUACUUCUUCUUGCACUACUUCUUCGCGUCUCAGUCGGCGCACGUCGGCGCGUUGUAUCCGGCGUUCCUGACGCUCCUCUUGGCGGCGGGCGUGCCACCGCCGCUCGCGGCGCUUUCGUUGGCAUUCAACACGAACAACAUGGGUGGUUUGACGCACUACGCCAGUGGACAAGCUGCUGUAUACUUUGGCGCGGGUGAAAUCAGUUUGAACAAGCUUUGGAAACAGGGCUUGUACAUGUCCGUGGUAAACUUUUUCAUCUAUGGCACCGUCGGUAUGUCGUGGUGGAAGUUCAUCGGUCUUUACUAG